AUGUCAAGUUACCGUGGCAACAAGAAGAAACCUGAAUAUUGGUUUUCUAUCCCACGAGACAAGGUUGAUCAACUGUACGCGUUUUUUGUCCAGUGGACUCCAGAUAUUUAUGGUGACGAAGAAGAUAUGGACCCAGAACAACGAGGAUUUGUUGUUUUUGAUGAAGAUGAUUUGGAUGCCGAGUCCUCCAUUGAAAUUUGUGAUGAACAUUUUGCCAGUAUUCAGAAAAUCAGAAAAGAUUGGGAGCUCUCCAAUGCUCUUCCACCGCGAACCAUAGGCUAUCCUUGGACCUUGGUUUACAGUUCUGAGAACCAUGGAUUCAGUUUAAAAACACUGUACAGAAACAUGCAGGGACUGGACAGUCCAGUACUCAUUGUGGUCGAAGAUACCAAUGGCCACGUGUUUGGUGCAGUGACCAAUUGUCCGUUGAAAAUGAGUGACCAUUUUUAUGGAACCGGGGAGUCUUUUCUCUACACUUUCUACCCGGAUUUCAAAAUUUUUCAUUGGUCUGGUGAUAAUAAUUUCUUUUUAAAAGGAAAUCAGGAAAGUUUGGCGAUUGGAUCUGGCCAAGGAUAUUUUGGUUUAUGGUUUGAUGGUGAUUUAUAUCAUGGAAGAUCUCAACGCUGUGAUACAUUUGAUAAUGAUAUACUUACUGAGAAAGAAGAUUUCUGUGUAAAAGCAUUUGAAGCCUGGGCAUUUGUUUAA